GCCCGUUUCUAACUUAACUUUGUCUAAAUUCAUCACUUUCUCACCAGACUUUCUGUAGAACACCUUCGUACCGAAUCCCAUGUGCGAAAGAGAUGAAGACUCUUGUGAAAUGCACAGCGGGUCGCGUAAACGAACAACACAGAAUUAUUUCCCUUCUAUCCUAUCCUUGUCCGUUCUCAAGCCACGUGGUUUCUCCGUGCCAUGCGUGCGACUUUGCGCUGCUGGUUCGCAAAGAACAACAACAACGGACUGUUCGAACUGUUGCAAUACGAAAUGAAACGACAACGACCGUAGUUAUAGUGGUGGGUAUAAACGAGGGUUGGAAGAACGGUUCGCAAAACCCUCUUAUUCAUUUUUCGGAAGGGAUGGGUCGGGAACACGAGGACGAUUUCUCCGAAUACAGGGAAUUUUGCCAAAAUCGAAGGAAAAUGCUCUACAAAAGUGUCAGUCACGUUAUUUUCGAUUUAGAUGGAACAAUUUUGGAUUCUGAAGUGGGUUUAGACAAAAUAAUAAGUGAUAUAGCUGAAAUGUUUGAUAAAACGUACACUCAUGAAGCCAGAAUGAAAAUUUUGGGUACCCCGGAGAAAGAUACCGCUAAAAUAGCUAUAAAAGAACUCAAACUUCCAAUUACAAUCGAGGAAUUUGUGAAAAUCUAUCGAGAAAAAGUAGCAAAAGAAAUGGGAAACCCCCCGUUAAUACCGGGCGUUGAAAAAUUAAUAAAUCAUCUUUAUUCAAAUAACGUCCCGAUUGCUUUGGCCACAUCUUCUUCGGAUUUUACAAAAGAAAUUAAAACGAGGAAUUAUCCCAAUCUUUUCAACAAGUUUAAUCACGAAGUUAUGGGAAGUACUGAUUUAGAAGUUAAACAAGGAAAACCGAAUCCUGAUAUUUUCUUAGUUUGUGCUUCAAGAUUUCCAGACAACCCAAAACCAUCUAAGUGUUUAGUGUUUGAGGAUGCCCCAAAUGGUGUUUUAGCAGCCACCAAAGCUGGAAUGCAAAGUGUUAUGAUCGCAAGUAAAGAAAUUCCACAAGAAUUACGUAAAUUAGCCACCAUUGUAGUGGAUUCUUUUGAUAAUUUUAAGCCCGAGUUAUUCGGAUUACCACCAUACAAUAAAAUUAAUUAAAACGACUUAUAUAAUGAUUAAAAUCUAAUAAAUUAGUUGAAAAAUUCAAA